CCUUCCGCCUCAGUCAGCCGCGCCUUGGAGCGGGACGGGCACUGGCCAUGGAUCGGACAGCGGGCAAGGACCUCGCCCUGGCGCCGCUGCAGGACUGGGGCGAGGAGACCGAGGAGGGAGCGGUGUACAGCGUCUCCUUACGUCGGCAGCUCAGUCGGCGCUCGAGCCCGAGGGAAGGGCCUGGGGGCAGCCAGGCCCCCAGCCCCGCUGCGGACGCCUUCCUCCAUUACCGCACGAGCAAGGUGCGGACGCUGAGGGCGGCGAGGCUGGAGUGUCUGGUGCGGGAAUUGGUGUCUGGAGACCGCGAGCAGGACCCGGGCUUCGUGCCUGCCUUCCUGGCCACCCACAGGGCCUUUGUGUCCACUGCUCGUGUGCUGGGCCUUCUCCUGCCACCACCGCCACCGCCCCUGCCUCCAGGGAUAGAGAUCAAGAAGACUGAAGGAGGUCUGCCUGUCAACAAGAACUUAAGGGCUGUGGUGUCUGUGCUGGGAUCCUGGCUGCGGGAUCACCCUCAGGAUUUCCGGGCUCCCCCUGCCCACUCGGACCUAGGCAGCGUCCGCACCUUUCUGGGCUGGGCGGCCCCAGCUGGGCCCGAGGCCCGGGAGGCAGAGAAGCUACUAGGAGAUUUCCUGGAAGAGGCGGAGCGAAAGCAGGAAGAGGAGCAGUCUGAGGCCCGCACAGGCCCUGCAGGAGCUGCCCAGACCCCGCGCCCAGACUUGCCAGAAGGCUGCUGGGAAGAGGAGGAAGGACUGGCGCAGGAAGGCCCUGAGCUCCUAGACUUCAGCGUAGAUGAAGUGGCCGAGCAGCUGACGCUGAUGGACGCGGAGCUCUUUUCUCGGGUGCGGCCCUGCGAGUGCCUGGGCUCCGUGUGGUCCCAGCGAGACCGUCCAGGGGCCGCAGGGACUGCUCCCACCGUGCGCGCCACUGUGACCCAGUUCAACAUGGUGAUCGGUUGCGUGCUGGGCUCCGUGCUCGGAGCGCAGGGCCUGGCCGCCCCACAGAGGGCGCAGCGGCUGGAGAAGUGGAUCUGCAUCGCCCAGCGCUGCCGUGAGCUGCGGAAUUUCUCCUCCCUUCGUGCCAUACUGUCCGCCCUGCAGUCUAACCCCAUUUACCGCCUCAAGCGGAGCUGGGGCGCCGUUAGCCGGGAACGGUUAUCCACUUUCAGAAAACUUUCGCAGAUUUUCUCCGAUGAGAACAACCACCUCAGUAGUAGAGAGAUUCUUUCCCAGGAGGAGGCUACUGAGGGACCCCAAGAGGAGGACACCCUCCCAGGAAGCCUGUCCCCCAACCUGCCCCCAGGCCCUGUCCCUUACCUUGGCACCUUUCUCACGGACCUGGUUAUGCUGGACACGGCCCUGCCGGACAUGCUGGAGGGGGAGCUCAUCAACUUUGAGAAGAGGAGGAAGGAGUGGGAGAUCCUGGCCCACAUCCAGCAGCUGCAGAAGCGCUGUCGGAACUACCGCCUGAGUCCCCACGCACCUAUCCUGGCGGCCCUGCGCGCCCAGCGCCAGCUCAGCGAGGAACAGAGCUACCAUGUCUCCCGUGUCAUUGAGCCGCCAGCUGCCUCCUGCCCCAGCUCCCCACGCAUCCGACGGCGUCUCAGCCUCACCAAGCGCCUCAGUGCAAAGCUGUCCCGAGAGAGGGGCUCACCCCCUGGCGGGAGUCCUGGGGACCCCUCCUCCCCCACCUCCAGUCUCUCCCCAGGGUCCCCCCCAUCUAGUCCUAGAACCAGAGAGCCUCCUCCUGGCAGCCCCCCGGCCUCUCCAGGGCCCCAGGGCCCCAGCACCAAGCUGCCCCUCAGCCCGGACCUGGCAGGCUCCCGGCCCUUGGCUUUGCCUCUGAGAAGCUCCCACAUCUCCUUACCGGGGCAGCAGGGAUCAGAGGCUCGAGUCAUCCACGUCAGCAUUGACAACGACCACGGGAACCUGUAUCGGAGCAUCCUGCUCACCAGCCAGGACAAGGCCCCCACCGUGGUGCAGAGAGCCCUGCAAAAGCACAAUGUGGCCCAGCCCUGGGCCCGUGACUACCAGCUCUUCCAAGUCCUUCCGGGGGACAGGGAGCUCCUAAUUCCCGACAACGCCAAUGUCUUCUAUGCAAUGAGUCCAGCCGCCCCUGGAGACUUCGUGCUUCGGCGAAAGGAUGGGGCCCAGCACACAACCACCAUCUCCUCAACCUGAGGGGCCCUCUUCUCCCUCUAGGGGCCUGGCCUCUAUCACCAUGGAAUUGGGGGGAGGGCUCCGCUCCCAGAAAAGUCGCAUUCUCCAAGAGAGCCAUUGUGCUCUGUACCGCGUGACCCCCACGCCCAACUUUAGCCCACUGGAUGCCAUCUCCCAGACACUCUUGGCACCGACCCAAAGCCAUCAAUCCACAAAUGGCCAGGCUGAGAGCUUCCUCCCAUAAACACAGAAGGCAGGUGGGGCGCAGGUGAGGUUGGGGGGGGCCAGACACUUCCCCAGAGAAAUCUUAUAACUGGGAGCGACCCCUCGGGACUGACAGAAGUGGAUGAAAAUAGUGCCCAGAGUGACGAAACAGGAGGUCUGUCUUGUC